UUCCUUCUCUGUAUUAAUAUAUUAUCAAACAAAAAAAAAUUGAAUGCUCCCUCUAAACUAUUAACGAAAAGAUUAUUCAUUUACCUUCAAUAUUCUUCUUUCAAAAAAUUAUUUUAUUUUAAUACAAAACCUCUCCCCAAAUGGGUUUAAGAGAUAUUGGUGCAACACUUCCUCCUGGAUUUAGAUUCUAUCCAAGUGAUGAAGAAUUAGUUUGUCAUUAUCUCUUUAAGAAAAUUACAAAUGAAGAGGUUCUUAAAGGUACUUUAGUGGAAAUUGAUCUCCAUACAUGUGAACCAUGGCAACUUCCUGAGGUGGCAAAGCUCAACUCGAGUGAAUGGUACUUCUUCAGCUUUAGAGAUCGAAAAUACGCUACUGGUUUUCGUACGAAUCGCGCUACAACUUCAGGUUAUUGGAAAGCAACAGGCAAAGAUCGAACAGUGGUUGAUCCCAAAACUCGUACUAUCGUAGGGAUGAGAAAAACUCUAGUUUUCUACAUGAAUAGAGCUCCCAAUGGAAUUAAAACUGGCUGGAUCAUGCAUGAAUUCCGCCUCGAAAAUCCACAUAUACCCCCUAAGGAAGAUUGGGUGUUAUGUCGAGUAUUUCACAAAACUAAAGCGGAGAACAAUAGUAACAACAACAAUAAUAACGUACUCAGCCCACAAAACAUGUACGAGGUUGGUGUUAACUCUCCGCACAAUAUGGACCAGUCCCAUGCUUUACCUUACGUUGGCCCCCGCCCUAUGGCGGCAACCGCUUUCUCCCAACGCCAAGUUAAUAAUCAAAGCCAAAAGUUGUUUGAUUUAUUGGAACCAAACCACAACCCAAGCAGCUAUCUUCAGUUAAUGUCUCAAGAAAUGAAGGCACCUCCAUCGAAUGAUCAAAUGGUUGAGGAUGACGAAUAUGGGUUCUUGUUGGACAUGAAUUUUGAAAAUCCAAAUAUACAAGACGGAGGAGUGCAUUCGAGCAUUGGAGACAUGAAAUUUGAUGAUGAAAACAGCUUGGUUUUUAUUUAGCUCGUUAUUAAUUAUUGGUGAUUGAUUAUUAUUAUUAGUAGGUAACCACAAACACAAUUAAAGAAAAAGACAAUGGUGUUGAAUUUGUGUAGAUGCCUUAGUGUUUGCUUGUGGGGUAAGAUUCUUGUAUGAUUGAUGGGAUGAUCUUUUCGUUUCUUUUUUUGGUUUUCUCCAUCACUAGAUAUACAUAUGUAUAGAUAGAUUGAUCAGACAGGAGUGUCUAUCGUUGAUAAUUAUUUGUAUAUUACUUUUGACUUUUGUGUAAAUUGGCAAUUAGUAGUAAUAUUCUUCUUAUCCAUUGA